AUGACUGCGCCAAGCCAGCCCCAGAAAUCCACCUACGAUGUCAUUGUCAUCGGGGCCGGCAUCCAGGGCUCUUUCACCGCCUACCACCUGGCCCAGCGCCACCAGGACACACUGCUGCUGGAGCAGUUCCUCGUGCCCCACUCUCGGGGCAGCUCUCACGGGCAGAGCCGCAUCAUCCGCAGCGCCUACCCCCAGGAGUUCUAUUCCCGCAUGAUGCCCGAAUGCUUCCGCCUCUGGCAGCAGCUGGAGGCCGAGACCGGCACCACCCUCUACAGGCAGACGGGACUGGUGCUGCUGGGGCCGCCGGGAGAGCCGGAGCUGGAGGCCUGCAGGAGGAACCUGGGUGUUGAGGAGGUGCUCGACGCCGCGGCGCUGUCCCGGCGCUUCCCUGGCUUCCAGAUGCAGGCUGGGCAGGUGGCCGUGCUGGACAGCACCGCCGGGGUGCUCUUCGCCGACCGGGCACUGCGGGCAGUGCAGGAAGUUUUUCGCCGACACGGGGGCACCCUGCGGGAUGGGGAGAAGGUGCUGAGCAUCCAGCCUGGGGCCACGGUCACUGUCACCACCACUGCUGGGGUGUACAAAGCCCCCCGGCUCAUCAUCACGGCUGGAGCCUGGACUGGUGCCUUCGUGGAACAGCUGGGUCUCCGCCUGCCACUGCAGCCCCUGCGCAUCAAUGUCUGCUACUGGAGGGAGAAGCAGCCUGGGAGUGCUGGCCUGGGCAGUGUCAGCCCCUGCUUCUUGACCCUGGGGCUGAGCCAAGCCCCCCACGGCAUCUACGGGCUGCCCUCCAUUGAGUACCCAGGGAUGAUGAAGGUGUGCUACCACCACGGCAGCCCUACUGACCCAGACAAGCGGGAUCAGGCCCCCAGCUCUGACAUUGCUCUUCUGAGCAGCUUCAUCAGCAGCUACCUGCCCGGGCUGGAGAGCCAGCCUGCAGUGAUGGAGACCUGCCUCUACACGAACACUCCAGAUGAAGAUUUCAUCCUGGACCGGCACCCCAAGUUCAGCAACAUCGUUAUUGGUGCUGGCUUCUCAGGCCAUGGGUUCAAGCUGGCGCCAGUGGUGGGGAAGUUGCUGUGUGAGCUGAGCCUGGGCGAGGAGCCAUCCUACAACAUGGCCCAUUUUGCCAUCUCUCGUUUCCCUGGUGUGCUCGGGGCUGCACAGUAG